GAGGUCUUCGCGCACUAACAUCGAAGCACCGGCCGGAGCGUGAGUCAGCGUGAGUCCAUCCUUCUGACUCCCCGCGGCUACUGACACAUCUCCCCCGUGACUCACCCCCGCCGCCCCGUGCCUCCCCCGACCCUCCAACCCCCACCACAACCACAACCUACACGCGCGUGGCACUCCUUCUCUCUACAGCCUCCAUCUUACAUCUUCUCCACUCCUCCUCCUCCUUCGCCUCCGCCGCCGCCGCCGCCACCUGUGCUCUCUCACCUGUAUCUCCCGGGACACUCUUGCGGCGCCCUCAUCGACGCAAGGUGUUCUCUCUUGCUCUCCGCCCAGUCAUGGUGUUGGCGCGGCUGGUGGCAGUCUUGGCCGUGGUGAGCGUGGCGGCGCGGGGGGCGUGUGGGUUGUCCCUGGAGGGUGUGAGGCCCCCCCAAUGGCCCCUCCCGACCCCCUCCCCUUGGCCCCCCACCGCCGCCUGGGCCCCCGAGAUUCCGACUUGAUUCCUGACGACCAGGCCCUUGCACUCAUGCCUGACGCCGCCUCCUCCAGGUACGAGGAGGCACAACUGGGUGAUCUGGACGACCCCCACACAUCCUACCGGCUCAAGCACCUCAUCUCAGAGCUGGCGGAGGCAAUAGCAGCGGCGGAGGCUCUUGACGGUGGAGCUUACGGCGGCCCCCUCCCAGCAGAGUUAGCAGAGGCCCUAGCAGCAGCAGAGGGGCUUGAAGGAGGUGAUGGGCGUCCCCUGCCAGCAGACGUAGCAGAGGCACUAGCAGAGGCAGAGGCAGCAGCGGUGAUGGGAGGAGGCGUGCCAGGGAUGUGGCAGAACAGGGAUCGCUACAUGAUGUUUACGGAUUAUGUCUCCCGGCCCGGUGGUGAGGCAAACAACAACAACAACAGGAAGGCGCGUGACAGCAGGAACAGCCGAAGCGUCACUAACCCAAACAACAACAACCCAAACAACAACAACAACAACAACAGCCUCACCUCCUCCACCACCACUAGCACCGGCACCUCGACCGCCGCUAACAACGACAACAACAACAACAACAACAUGAACCACAGCAGCGGGAUGUUUAAGAGGGCCUGGCCACACAAUUUCUCACGAAGGAGGAAUUCAGGGCUGUCUCUCUCCAUUGACGCCUCUAUGAAAGUCCUACGAGAGGCGCUGUACCUGGAGAUCGCACGUAAGAAGCAGAGACAACAGCUGCAGAGAGCACAGCAUAACAAGGCCCUGCUUAACACUAUCGGAAAGAGAGAUGUGGCCAGCCAGCUCGUUGGGGGUAAUCACGGAGCGGCGCUUGAGAAUGCCAGGAACUAAGAAUCUUGCCACGCCCUUUGGACUUCGAGAGGGAGAGAGAAGAGGAACCAGGGAGGAGAAGGAACCACGGGGCGCAGGGAGGGGGAGGGGAGGGAUGAUACCACAGCCGCAGGAGUGAAGGAGUGAAGGAGUGAAGGAGUCUGACCAAGCUUUAAGUGAGGUAAUUUGAGUGUAUAGGGAAAUGUAUAGGGAAAAUAUGGAAAAAAAAAAAAACAAAUGGGCGUCUAUCUACCUAUGUUGCCAACUUGUAUUCCGGGUGUGUCUUCGUGUUGGGUGGGUAACCUGGGCAGUGGUGGUGGUGGUGGUGGUGGCGGUGGACAGACAGACAGGUGUGUAGUGUGUGAUUCUAAACUAUCAGGUGUGCAAUUGAUGUCACGUGCUUUCUGUAUCGCUUAAUUUACAGGGUGGUGCAUAAAGAAAUGUAUCGACAGAGGGGAUGAGGAAUUCUGUGACAGGGUGGUGCAUAAGAAGGUGGCGGUACGGUGUUGCCAGAUGAAGAAAUGGAGAUACAGGGUGGUGCAGUGUGUGUGUGUGUGUGUGUGUGUGUGUGUGUGUGUGUGUGUGUGUGUGUGUGUGUGUGUGUGUGUGUGUGUGUGAGUGAGUGAGUGAGUGAGUGAGUGAGUGAGUGAGUGAGUGAGUGAGUGAGUGAGUGAGUGAGUGAGUGAGUGAGAGCGAGAGAGAGAGAGAGAGAGAGAGAGAGAGAGAGAGAGAGAGAGAGAGAGAGAGAGAGAGAGAGAGAGAGAGAGAGAGAGACCAUACCUCUAAUUAACCUGUGGCCACGUGAUUGGCUAACUCCUUCAAUACAUUCCUGGCUGGUUCAUUAAAGUGCUCACGAGUUACCUAAUCACUCACCCACACAAUUAGAGGUGUACCUGGGAAAAAGGCCACACCUGUACUGAUAAACUGAAAUGCCCACCUUUUGACACCUGUGGCUCUUUAAAUGCCCUUUUAACACCUGUGCUAUCUGUAAAUGAACUUAUAACACGUGUCACUACCUUUACAUGCUCAUACAACACCUGUAGCUACUUUCAAAUGCUUUUUAACACCUGUGCUAUCUUAAAAUGCCACUUUCAACAUUUGUGGCUGUCUUUAAAUGCGCUUUAAGACUUCUGGCCAUCUUUAAAUGCCGCUUUUUAACACCUGUACUUUCUUUAAAUGCCCUUUAACACCUGGCUAUCUUUAAAUACUCUUUUGGUACUUCUAAUUACCUUCAAGUGAUCACCUGAAGAGCUUGCCUGCGGAAAUAAUUAACAAGACACAUCUUUAGCUGAGGGUCACCUGUGUACUGAUAAAAGUCACCUGUGUUGCAGUCUCCCCUGUGUUGCAGUCUUUUACCAGACAAUAAAGCAGAAUAGAAUAAGCUUUGUGUUCUCGUGAUAUAGAGGUCAUUUUGCCAUACCUCUCCUAAUCUGCCUCCUGCUCCUAUUGUAUUCCCAGCCUCUAUGGAGAAAUACAGGUGAAAUUUUAAUUAGACCUGAAGAGAAAGUUACCUGGUUUUUGCUUUUCACACUCCUCUUAUUUUAUUCUUAGCCUCUAUUAUUGCAAGGCUCUAAUUACAGGUAAAAGCCAAUAUAGAGUUCACCUGAAGCUUACCUGUCUCACUGCACCUAGUCUUUUUUAUUAGCCUCUGUACCUGUGUGGGCUCUAAUUACAGGUAAAAGCCCAAAUAGAGCCUAAAUACAGGUAAAUAGCUACACAAACCCUAAAUACAAGUCAAAUACAGCCACACACACCUGUAAUGGAGACUGUUGCACGUAUAUUGAACUGCUACCACCACCAUCACCACCACCACUACUACUACUACUACUACUACUACCACCACCACCAUCCCCACCACCACAGCUGCCAGUCUCACCAGCUGUCUCGCCCCGUGGUCUCUCAAAUCUCUCCAUUAAUACGCGAUGUCUCCUCGUGUUUCGAUUAUUUAUGUUUUUAGUUGGUGUGGGUUGGUGUGGGUGUGGGUUGGAUGGGGUCAGUGUGGGUUGGUGUGGCUUGGUGUGGUGUGGUGUGGAUUGGACAGGGUUGGUGUGGGUCAGUGUGGGUUGGUGUGGGCUGGUGUGGGUCAGUGUGCAUUGCUUGACUCGGUGUGGGUUACUGUGGCUCAGCGGGUUGGUGAGGGUGACGCGUCCUACCACAGAUGUAUCGGAACUUCACCACACGGACGCUCACGCAGAUUCAAAAGAGGAGACUUGGAUAUAUAUAUAAAAUGAUACAAAAAAUGGUAAUCUCUCCUUAUUGUGCGCUCCUCCCCCGCACCUCAGCUUCCGAGACGAGAUAGGUGAACCAAUUGUCCCCCCCACACCCUCCCCCAUACACGAUGUUACACACAAAAAAGUAAAUAUAUAAAUAUAUAAAUAAACUACGUGAAGAGAAA